AUGCCAUCCAAAGGCUUUAUUAAUAAGAAGGGAGAUAGAAAUCCCGGCUCCGAUGUUUCAAAAGUAUUGGCAUCUGGCAGUGGUAAAAUCAAGAAGAAAAUAAGAGACAUUCAUAGGUUGUUACAAAGGCCUACUUUACCAGCUGAUGUGCGAGUGAAUAACGAAAGAACUUUAAAAGCUUUGGAAGUGCAAUUGAAUAAUGUGGUCCAAAAGUCUAACGAAAAGAAAAACGCAAAGAAAUACCAUAUGGUGAGAUUCUUCGAGAGGAAGAAGGCCACUAGGUUGGUAAAACAAGCAAGAAUUGCAUUAUCGGCAGCAGAAGAGUCUAACGAUAGAAAGGCUGCUAAAAAGGCUCGGGUCUUUCUUAAACAUAAAGAAAUUGAUUUGGUAUACACAGUUUUAUUCCCUAAGAUGGAGAAGUAUAUCUCUCUAUAUCCAAAUUCCAAAAAUGAGGACGAAUCUUCUCUUCCUCCAAAGGCCUUAGAGGGUAUGAAAAGAGCAGAUCAAAGAAGAAUAGAAUUUAGAAAGCAUAUUGAAAAGUUGAUGAAGGAAGAAAAGUUACCCUUUAGUUUGGAGGAUGUGUUGAAGGGGAAGAAAUUCGAAGCAGAUCAAGGGACUGCUGUCACAGACAAGCAAGAAAUUGAUGCUCCUCAGAAGAAGAGCCAAGGUUCUGAAGUGGAUGAAUUUUUUGAGGAUGGAAGUGACUAA